CUUAAAAUGCCUAAACACAAUCAUAACUCCAAGAACUCACAAGUUCUGGUACAAUAGAAUCUGCCACUGGAAUUUAGAGGCAUACUUUUCUUCCCUUGAGUGGCCACAUCGUUUACUGGAGUGGCUUUGCUAUGUGACACGCUUGGAGCUAUUUGCUACUGGUAUAUAAUCUGUAUGCUGGAUAAACGAUAAUCCGCGUUGGAGCAUGCAGUAAGUCCACAGGGGACACCAAGCACCCAAAACCGACGGAUAAACAUAAAGUAAACUGACGAUAUUCUCUUCACUACUCUACGAACGUCGUUACAGACACAUUGGUUUGGUCAACAAAUACAUAUUGAUUUUUGGAUUCAUGUCUUGAAGUGGCACACCCCUCCAUGCUCGUACAAUAAUUGCCAAGAUGGUGUAUCUUGAAGGAAGAUCAGCGGUGGGCGUUGUUAUGUUACUCUACAUGUUUAGUGUUGUCAUAUCAGCACCAUCAGGAACCAAGGAAUGGACUGUUACAGCUCUCAAACACUCCAAGCAAUAUGAGAUGCUGCGGUCAGUUCGAGAAAGUGUACGAGAAAGAAGACAGGCCACGAGUACUAAAGACAAGAACGAUGUUCAACUGUUUCAAGUUGAGACAAAGAUUGCAGUGCGAUUUGCAAGUACAACAAUAACCAGCCGGAUCAACAACAAAGGGUCGUCGCCUCAACCAUUGGAUUUCAUAAUGCAGUUACCAUUGAGUGCAUACAUAGCAAGCUUCUCGCUUGAGGUGGAUGGUAUAACUUACUACGGCAAAGUGCGAGACAAAUGUGAAGGCGAAGAUGAGAAUACAUUUGACGCUUCUGGUGGUCUAUCAAGUGGAAGAAUUACUGCACUGGAUCCAACCAGGAACACAUUUAUGGUGUCUAUAAAUGUAGCCCCUGAUGAUAGAGUUGGUGUGGUGGUGAAUUACCAGGAGCUACUGGAAAGAAGUCAAGGAUGGUACACCCAGAAAAUAAGCAUCAACCCACAACAAGUUGUGCGAGAAUUCACCAUCAAUGCAUACAUAACUGAGCCUCAAGGAAUCAGCAAAGUAGAAGCUGGGAUAAUAAAAAUCACUGGAGAUGGAUCCGGAGGGGGUUCAUUUAGUAGCAGCAGUGGGAGAGAUAGCCUUACAAGCUCCUACAUCUCAUUGGAAGAUUACAUCAGUAAGACUGGCAACUCAAGAGCUACCAUGGAAUUCUCACCAAGUAAAAGGGAACAACAGAGUCUAGGAAGCCAAGCAUCUGGGAUUAACGGAGAUUUUAUCUUGAAGUAUGAUGUAAAGCAUGAUCUAAAUGUUGGUGAUGUACAGACUUUCGGAGACAUCUUUGUUCAUCAUUUCUCUCCCAGUGGUCUGAGUCCAAUUCGUAAAACAGUUGCUUUUGUAAUUGAUGUCAGUGGAUCUAUGUUUGGUCAAAAGUUGCGACAAACCAAGGAAGCCUUGGCUACCAUCAUGGACCAAAUGAGACCCAAUGAUCGCUUCAAUAUCAUUCCAUUCUCUGAUGAGGUUUACUUCUGGAGAGAAGAUGAAAUGGUUGAAGCUUUAUCUCCAAACAUCAACAAGGCUAAAAGAUAUAUCAACCAAUUAGAAUCAAAGGCUGGUACAAACUUAAACGAUGCCAUGAUGGAAGGAUUAGAUCAGUUACGUUUAGCUGGUGCCAUGGACCCAAUCUCAGCUAGCAACCCAGGAAUCUGCAUUCUCUUUGUCAUGACUGACGGAGUACCAUCUAAAGGUGUUACAAACCCUCGUACCAUUGAACGGAACAUCCAAGACAGUAACCAGGGAAAGUGUUCUGUUGUGACCUUGGGCUUCGGAGCUGAUGUCGAUUUCAACUUUCUUGCUCGGAUAGCUCUGGAAAACUCUGGAGUUGCCCGUAAGAUCUUUGAGCAUGAUGAAGCUUCGACACAACUUAUAGGUGUGUAUGAUGAGGUUGCAACUCCCCUUCUAGUCAAUGUUGCCAUUGAAUAUCUUGGUAAUGUUGUUGAUGGUGACUCACUGACCAAGACAGUCUUCCAGAACUACUUUGAAGGAUCUGAGUUUGCCAUCAGUGGUCGAUUGGCUAACCUUCUAGCAGCUAAUCUACCAAUCAGGAUUACUGCUAUUAGUGCAACAGGAGAAAUAACCAUAGAAGAGUAUGUGCCCAUUGCAGAAACAAAACCACCAAUUCUGAGCAAUUCAGAGUAUGUUCCUGAUGACUUUGCUGAGCGUACAGCAGCAUUUAUCAGCUUAGCACAGCUCUUCAACCAGUACACAGUAGCCGACCCUUUUGAGCAAGGACCGAUCAUAGACAAAUCCCUGGAGUUGUCAGAGAAAUACAAUCUGUUGACUCCUUUGAUGUCCAUGACAUUCGUUGACUCUCCGCCGACUUUAGGUGGUAGUAGUAAUGGUGGAGCUGGUGAUGACAUUCAGGGUGCUGUCACCAUUCCACCAGGACUACAAUGGGGUAUCAGUGGGUCUGUGUAUGGUCAACGUGGACAGAGUGAAAGUACAUUUGGAAUUGGUGGCAGUGUUUGCACUGACCGCAACACCAAGGACAAGAACGACAACGUGAUGAUAGAUCUACAACAACUCCACAUUGAGUCUAUAAUAACUGACCGAUAUGCAAGGACGACGGUGAAUGGUCAGGUCACCAACAAAGCAGAAGAUCGACAAGAUAUUCCAUUUACUCUGCAAAUCCCACCUGGAGCAUUUAUCUCAGCAUUUUCUGUAGAGUUGAAUGGGAAGACAUAUACAGGCAAAGUAGCAGAUAUCCGCAACCCAGACUGGCAACUUGCCUUUGCUUCAAGCACCAAUGGCAGACCAAUUGCACUUGUGACUAAACGGGAUCCAACCAAAGAUACAUUUACAAUGCGAGUGCUUGGAGUGGCUCCAGAAUCUACUGUGACCUUUGACCUGACUUAUGAUGAGCUUUUAGAGAGACGUCGUGGAGUCUUUGAGCAUCGUGUAAAUCUCUGGCCCGGACAGGUUGUUGACAAUCUUGUUAUGGAUAUCUACAUUACUGAGCCACAAGGAAUUGCUCAAAUGGCUCUCAACUAUUAUCCAAGAACAUCGGAAAGCGAUGGAGAAGAUUUAGAGAACUCAAUCCGACGCAGCAGUGACUAUCGAGCACAUAUGCAGUUUAGUCCCACUCCUGAUGAGCAGCUUCAGUACACAACCAAAGGGGUAGCAGGUGAUAUUGUAUUGGAAUAUGAUGUCAUGCAUACUAGAGAGGGAAGCUACACUGAGGUUCAGGAUGGUUACUUUGUGCACUUCUUCUCACCAACUACCCUCCAACAUGCUGCUAAGCACGUCGUGUUUGUCAUUGACGUCAGCGGCUCAAUGGCUGGCACUAAAUUGCGUCAAGUCAAAGAAGCUCUGAAGAUCAUUAUUGAUGAUCUCGGACCAAAGGAUCGGUUUAACAUUCUGGUCUUCUCUGACAAUGUGCAAUACUGGAGGCCGAACGCCCUGGUGCAAGCCACAAGCAGGAACAUUGAUGAUGCAAAGAUAUUCAUAGAUGGAUUGAUUGAUCAAGGAGAAACUAACCUGUGUGAAGCUAUCCUCCAAGCUGACAAUCUACUGGACCUGAAGUCUGGAUCCCUUGGUGAAGACCAAAACAUUCUCUCUAUGAUGUAUGUAUUGACUGAUGGACAACCGACAAUUGGAGUCAGGGAUCCAGACGAACUCAUCCGCACUGUCAACACGGCAAUCAAUGGGAAGCAUGCGCUGUUCGCCCUUGGCUUCGGCAGGAAUGUCUCCUUUGAUCUACUCGUUCAACUUGGUCUUCAGAAUAGAGGCUACACCCGUAAAAUUCAUGAGACAGCCGAUGCUAGUCAACAGCUUCAACGAUUCUACUUUGAGGUAUCUCGUCCGGUGAUCUUUGAUGUGGAGAUGGUUUAUGAGUCUGGCGUGUCUAAUCCUGAUGACUUGACUCUGUGGAGGUUCCCAUACUACUUUGAUGGAUCAGAGGUUUCGGUAGCUGGGAAGCUCUAUGAGAAUCCUUCAACCUAUACAUUGGAAGGCAGUGUGCAUGGCCAGACAGCCACAGGGGAGCUGUAUCGAAACACAAGAAAAGAUAUCAGGAUAGCAACCCCAGAGCUCACACAACAGCACACAGUGCCUAAAGUUACCGAACAUAUUUGGGCCAUGAAGACUAUUCAAGAUCUUAUCAACCAAUAUGCAAUAACUGACAAUCCUGCCGCUCGUCGUGCCCUGGCCGAUAGAAUUGCUCUUCUUGCUACAAGUUAUGGCUUUGUGACUCCACUAACCCCAAUGUUACUGACUGAUCCGAUUAAUAACCUACCUGUAAUAGAUGAUAGCUUGUCUCCACCAACUAUUCUACACACUGGUACUAAUAUGGAUAUACUCCGCAGCCUGCUCCAAGAUCUACCAGGGAAGCCAAGCAUACCAGGAGUGGAUUCCAGUCCAGACAUCUUCAGUGUAGCAACAACAAGUUCUGAUGGCAUUGAAAUAAAGAGUUUAAACAUGGACUCUGACAUUGUACUGAGAUUUGCUACGACCACCAUCAGUUCUACAUUGGAGAAUACUGGAAGCCAAGCUGGUUGGGCUGUAUUUAGACAGAAGAUUCCACUACCAGCUUACAUCACUAACUUUACUUUGACUGUAGAUGGUAAGACAUACUACGGUGUAGCAGACGAGAAGAGCCAGAAUAUCACAUUACAUCGUGGCAACUUAGAAAUCUCACAGGGUGGUGCCUUCAUUACAGAACUUGAUCCACAGAGUAAAGUGUUUGUAAUGUCCGUCAAUCUUAAGCCUGCUAAUACAGCAGACUUUUCUCUAGUUUACCAAAUCCUGUUGCCAAGACGACGAGGCAUGUUUAAACAACACCUUGGUCUCUAUCCUGGACAGAUUGUAGAUGACAUGAAUAUCGCAGUGAGUAUAACAGAGCCUCAAGGUGUGCGUGCAACCAAUGCCUUCCUGAUGGAUCGUUCACUACCUAACAACCCUGCACAGUAUCCACACCUUAUGAAGCGUAUCAAUGAUCAUAAACGGCAACUAGCCUACCAGCCAACUGCACUAGAGCAACGGCAGCUUAGUCCGGAUGGUAUUAUGGGAGACUUUGUUGUGGAGUACGACGUCAAUCAUGGAAUUGAUGCUGGAGAUAUUCAGGUCCUGAAUAACUACUUUGUUCAGUUUUUCUCUCCGAGUGGUCUUGCUGUCCUUCGUAAACAUGUGAUCUUUGUGAUCGACACCAGUAGUUCCAUGGAAGGGACCAAGCUGACACAGGUUAAAGGUGCACUCAAUACCAUCCUGGAUGAGAUCACCAUUGGGGAUAAGUUUAAUAUCUUACCCUUCUCUAAUCAAGUAGAGUUUCUGGAUCGGUAUCGCAUGGUAGAAGCUUCAAAGGCUAAUAUUGAAUACGCCAAGACCUAUGUAGAUGAUCUCCAAGAAGUAGAUGCCACCAACCUGAAUCGUGCAAUUCUAGAGGGAGUGAAUAUGCUGCGACGAGAAGGAGAGAAACUCAGAGGCGAAGAGAGAGUCAUCUCAAUGAUCAUCGUACUAACGGACGGCGAACCAACCUACGGAGAAACGGACACUGAGGAAAUAGAACGUAAUGUAGAGGAUGCUAUCAAUGGGGACUACUCACUCUUCUGUCUGGCGUUUGGUGAAGAUGCUGAUUUUGAGUUCUUGAAUCGUCUGGCUCUUAACAAUCACGGUGUAGCUAGACGGAUACCUGAGAGAGCUGAUGCUAGUAUGCUUCUUGAAGGCUUCUAUGAAGAGGUGGCCACACCAUUACUAUAUGAUGUGCAGUUCUAUUACUCAGAGGGCGUGGUACCCAACACUCUCAGCGAACGAUUCUUCCCCAACUACUUCAACGGGUCGGAGAUUGUCGUCGUCGGCAAGUUGGAUGAGACUCGACUUUCAAGUCAUGUUCUCCGGUCGUUUGUUUAUGGAAAGACGGCAAGUGAAGAAAUCUCACUGGCGACCGACACCAAUACAGCUAUUUCUUCUAGUGUGCUUAUGAGUCCAUCCAUACCUGGGGACCUAAUAGAGCGUAUCUGGGCCUACGUCAUGAUCCAAACACUUCAACGUAAGAGAGAUCUAACAGUGAAUCCAACCCCAGGACUCCAACGUGAUAUCACAGAUACAGCCCUACAGUAUGCUUACCUUAAUCCCUACACUAGGAUGACGCUAGGCGAGCAGUUAGGAUCGGUACGAGGACCGGCAGCAAUGAGGGUAUGGGAUCGACAGCUACCAGCUGAAAUCAGAGAUAGUCUGAGUUUAGCGUUGAGUCCAUUUCCAACGAGUACUCCGCCUGAGAAGCCUGUGGGUAACGGAGGAGGAGAUGAUUCUACUGGUGUUGAUGGUGAUCCUCACUUUGUAGUCAAUGUACCCAAGAGCAAUGUGUCUCUGUGCUUCGACAUCAACGGACACGCUGACGACGUCUUCAGCUUAGUCAAAGAUAAAAGAAGAGGGCUUUUCAUCAACGGUAAAAUCAUAGCCAAGUCGUCACCGAAGAGCAAACAAAAGGAGCGGACAUACAUCGGUGAAAUAGGUGGCAUCUACUCCCCACCAAAGAGUACAGGAGUCUAUGAGAUGUGGUUUACUCCUUCUACAAUCACCGUUAACAUUAAUCAUAGGAUUCAAUGGGGACGUAAGACAACACUGCAACUAGGUCCACUACAUAUUGCUGUAGAUGGUCGACAGGCAACGGUGACUUUAGGCGAGGGUAUCGGAUUCACUGUUGUUCGACACAAGAUGCCGCCUUCUAACAAAGAGAAACCUAGCUUCAUGGGAUUCUUUAUGAAUGAUGGGAGCGGACUCUCGGAUGGAGCACAGGGACUUAUUGGCCAAUUCCAGCAUACCAAAGUGCACGUAUCCACCACAGACAGAGUACCUGGUGUCAACAACAGCCAACCACACGAUGGACAGAGCGGUGAACUUGUCAUACGAGGGCGCCAUAUCAAAGUGCGGGGAGGAUCUCGCAACAACGAUGUGCGUAAGAAGAGAGUUAGCUGUUGGAUGGCAUCUCAUGAUAGUGCAGAUGGAAUUAUCAAAGGUCAUUAUACAGACUACCUUUUAUCCGAUCUCUUUGGGACAAUGUAAUUAACAUGAUUAAGUGAUGAUGCAAUAACUCAUACCAUCACUACCAGUACUGCAGCCGAUUUCACAAAACUUUACGCAACUGCGUAAGUCCACUUGCGCAACGUUUAUGGCGAAUAUUUACGCCAUAAACGUUGCCCAUGGCGUAAACUAACGCCAUAAAUGUCGCACAAGUUGACUUACGCAGUUGCGUAAAGUUUUGUGAAAUCGGCUGCUGGACACUUGAAUUUUACUCUUACAGGAUUUGGGUAUUUUUUGUAUUACACAA